GAUGAUGAUCGCGCAUAUGCCCUGCGAAUGGAAAGAAACUCGUCCUCCUUCACGUUUUUCCCACCUUCACCCAUUGCUACACUAUUCGAUAUUCUGUUUUGAUAGCAUGUCGUGACUCAAUUCACGUCCAGUCUUCUAUUUGUUCCUGUGCUUUAGUUUUUACAGCUGCCUAUGAUUUAGAAUCCAAUCUCCCUCCCGGAAGACAGUUCCUCAGUCCACCCUGGCUGAGCGAUCGCAUACUGACAGCUCCUCCCACCUCGGUCACCACCUCUUCCUCCUCAAUGUCUACGACGCUGACGACGACGGGCACCUCGCACAUGAGAGGCGGUCCUUCUGCCCGCCGCGUCAACCCCGGUCGCCAUUCCAAAGCCCACGGGGCCUCCUUGCGACAAAAUUCUCUCGUCUCCAACGCCGGUCUGCUCCCAUCCUCCUCCUCCGUCACGGCCAGCAACACCCCGGGCUUCAUCGGAAUCGACCCGCCUGCGAUAUAUCCUGCCAUUACGCACUUUACCGAUGCGACUGCUGCACUGCCGCGGGAAUUCCGCAGACACCACACCCUCCUCAAAGAGGUGGACGCGAAGGCGUGGGUUCAUGAAGAGUCACUGCAAACUGUCCUUGAGCAAUGCGUAGCAGAUACGCGAGCACAUUCGUACGAGGCUGCACUUUCUGCGCACAAUCCCACCGCGUCGGCCCAUGGCGAUGACACCACAGGCGCAAGCGAGGUCCAUAGUGUCGCUGGCGGCUCUGUGGACGCUGCUUCCCUGGUCUCCGCUCGCACUGCGGAUUCUUCGUCCCUACAACGCAGACACCUCUACCACUCUUUGCGCCAAAACCUAAUAGCCAUCAUGCAGACGAUGGACGAGAAAAAUCACGUCAUUACCAACGCGAAUGAAGAGGUGACAAGGCAGAUUCGGCGGCUGGAUGCCAUCUAUCCCCAUGUGUCCCGGGAAGUUUCAGAGGAGGCGAGACUGGGAAGUCUGACUCAUUGGGCAUAUACAGACACGGUCUUGACAAAGAAACCUUCCGAGCCAGUCCCUCGAGGCCGAGUGGGCGAAAGUGAAGUCGCAGUCAGGAGCCAGACCCGAAGAGGAGAAGAUGCGCCAACGAGAAGACAACGAGGUGUGCCAAAUGUGGACUCAGACUUUGACGAGUCAAAACAUGUAUCGCGCAAAGUCCACGGGAGCAAGAAGCGCACUGUCGAGGCAGCCGCAGAGCCACCAGCAAUAGGAUCGUCUAGUGUAACAGCAUCCAGGAGAAAGAAACCAGACAAGCCAGUGGGUGGCGCACCUAUGGAGCGAUCCAUAAGUAGCGCUCUGAGUAGCCGUGCACCAGCUAUGUCACGAGAGAACUCGCAGCAGGACAACGCGAAAAAGAGAAAAGCAUCACUCCCAACCAGUGUGGCACGAAAGAGACUCAACGCUCAGGGCAAUGAUUCUCCUAAACUCGCUUCCUCGCCUCUCGCUGGUACUGCCGUAAAAGAAGCAUACAAACGCAGCCCCGCUCUAUCUGCAGUUCGCCCGGUGGGACGAGGACGGCAGAACUCAGCACAGAGCCUCGACGUUCCAAGAGGGCGACAGUCGUCGGUUGCUUCGAGCAAGAAUGGCAAUCAAAAUGUCACCAUAAGCACACCUGAGCUGAACAACGUUGCUGUGAUGACAGGCAAGACUGCCGGUGAGAUCAAGAGCACCAUGAAAGAGACAAAGACAGACAAUGGCGAUCGAGUGCUUGAAGACGAACCAGUCACCAAUGGCACCAAUGGCGAGCCGCCUUCAUUACGUGGUGCGUUGCUGUUAGAACGCUCGGCUAGCAGGCAAGAGGCCAAGUCUGAUCUGGACGAUAUCUCAGUGUCAGCCAAGGCCUCACCACGUCUGACCCCUCGCCUUACGCCGGCGCUGCGGUUGGACGAGGUCAAGAGCGAGCGCGGCGCUCGAGGUCGUGCGUCGAAGACAGCCACGCCAGUCGCGAGCACCUUUGCCGAGGCAGACGAGUCAGAGACUGCAUCCGCAAAUGGUGGCAAGUCUGACACUGGAUCGAAAUCGCGACGUCCUGCUCGACCAAGGAUCAAGGAUCACGGCUUACACGAUUCAUUGUCGCCCAAAGGCCUGCCGAUGAAGCGUUCUCACAAGAAGAACGGCAGUCUCUCCGUGUUUGCGAGUGGUCCCGGAUCAGCAACCGACAGAAGCAAAGAUGAGAAUGGAACGCCACUUUCGGCCACGCCGUCCAUCUCAGACAAGGAUAAGGAUGCAGAUAAAGACGUCGACAAAGACAGAGAUCGCCUUGGUCUUGGCCUUGAGCUCAGCGUGGAGAAUGAGAAGGAGGCCGACGACCCCGAUGCCGCCGAUGGUCAUGCCGAGAAUGAGGACGAAGAACGCUAUUGUUAUUGCCAAGGCGUGAGUUAUGGCGAGAUGGUGGCCUGUGACAAGUCAGACUGCCCUCGCCAGUGGUUCCAUCUCGAGUGUAUCGGAUUGAAGAGCGUGCCGAAGAGUGCGAAAUGGUAUUGUGACGAAUGCAAAGAGGUUUUGGCGAAGAAGGGCAAGCUUCCCAAUGGGGGCGGGAACGGCAAUGGUAAUGGUAAUGGCAACGGCAACGGUAAUGGUAACGGUAACAGCAACGGUAAUGGCAAAGGUGUUGUCGGGAGGUAACGACCGCCAGUCGAAAUUCCAAGGGCCUCGCUGUCUUUUCAGCAGCAGCAGCAGCAGCAGCAGCAUCAGCCUCGCCAUUAUCGUAUGACAACCUAAUCUCUUCACCAUCCUCCCUCUACGCCAUCCAGCUUCCAGGUCCACCGAAGGCUCUCUCUGUCUCUCUGCUCGAUCUUUUCAGGGUCGCGUUAUGUUCUGGAUCUCGAGAUGAUUUCUCUUCUUCGGCUUUUCGGUCUUUGCAACUUUUGCAACCCUGAAAGAUCUUCUGUCAGAGAUAGUGCAAUCGGCGCCCAAGGGUUCUUGGGGGAGGUGGAAAACUCUGUACGAUGAUGUUUCUAAGAGGAGUGUGUACUACAUGUACAUUUGUACUAUUACUACUACUACGAUAUAUUUGACUAUAGACCAUCUAGUCUCGUUGGUUCUAGAGAGAGAAAGAAGUUCUUUUUUUUGCUGUUGUUGU